AUGAUACCUGCGAACUGUCAUGUUGUUAAAACAAAUCGCAAUACAUCAACACUUUAUUUGUUACAUUUUGAAAAAUAUUUUUGUGUUCGUGUUAACGUCCUAGAGAUGCGGCAGAGUUUAGAUGCAUCUUAUGAUGUUCACAUUGUAUCGUUUCUGCACAAAAUACAAUGUACAAUUUCUCUGAAUGAAGGUGGAAUAUUUAUUACACGGAAGUAUCAGAAUCCAUCUGACAAGAUAUACAUUCAUAAAACUUGCUUGAUUGGGUGUACAAAAGGGGUCAAUUCGAGGUGGAGUGAGAAGUGCAAUGCAUGUCUGAGACUGACCUAUUUUAAACUAAGGAAGAAUUUCAGGAAAGGAAAUAGUUUAGUAGCUUUGCAAAAAACCAAUCUCAAUAUACUAUUCCAAUCUGAAAAAGAAGCUUGUAGAUGCCUGAAAGCUAUGGAGCUACAUUUUCAGAAUACCGAAUCAGCUGAAGUCAAACCUUAUCUAGUGAUAAUCAAUCCUCAAAGUGGUACAGGAAAUGCAAUGAGUAUUUUCAGUUCCAAAGUUGCUCCAAUUUGGAAACAAAUGAAUAUUCCAUAUGAAUUAUUAUGUACAGGUAAUACAAUAUAUGAUAACGAAGAAGUUUAA